UAUCCCUUGUUUCCCAACACAGUUCCCCUCCGAUUCGACUACUAUUCUCUGUUUCUCCGCCUCCCCGCCCUCUCUCUCUCUCUCUCUGAUCUGAAGAUGCAGAGCGCGGCGUUCGCAUUCUCGCCGUCACUCUCACUUCCGAAGCCACGAAGGCUGUUAGGCUCGGCCGCAACGCGCUGCCUCCGUCCUGCCUCGAGAUCGCUCGACUUCGCCGGAGUUACCGGUGUCUCCGCCUCGCAGCGCGGGCGAUUGCCGGCGGUUUCUUGUUCGUCGACCUCGCACAGAUUGAACGGAUGGAUUUCGGCUCCUCCUGUGGCGGCCGAGGGCGAAUCCGGUGGUGUUGAGGUCAGGGCGACUUCGGUCCCCGAGAGCGCCGGGGAGAGCGCGAAGUCGAGCGGACUUACGCGCACGCUAGAGCUUGGCUCUCUCUUCGGGCUCUGGUAUCUUUUCAACAUUUACUUCAAUAUCUACAACAAGCAGGUCCUGAAAGUGUUCCCGUACCCAGUUACUGUCUCCUUAGUUCAGUUUGCUGUUGGGACCGUACUAGUUAUUUUAAUGUGGACAUCUAAUCUCUACAAACGUCCAAAAAUCAGUGGUGCUCAGCUUGCAGCAAUCCUGCCAUUGGCAGUGGUGCACACUUUAGGAAACCUUUUCACUAAUAUGAGUCUUGGAAAAGUUGCUGUUUCAUUCACUCACACAAUCAAGGCCAUGGAACCAUUUUUCUCAGUUGUCCUUUCUGCCAUGUUUCUAGGCGAGAUGCCUACUUUUUGGGUAGUUGGUUCUCUGUUACCAAUUGUUGGUGGAGUGGCCCUUGCAUCAAUGACUGAGGCGUCCUUUAAUUGGGCUGGGUUUUGGAGUGCAAUGGCUUCCAAUUUGACCAACCAAUCUCGCAACGUCCUUAGCAAAAAGUUUAUGGUUAAGAAGGAGGAUUCUUUGGACAAUAUCACUCUCUUCUCAAUUAUAACAAUUAUGUCCUUCUUCUUAGUGGCUCCAGUAACUCUUUUCAUGGAAGGAAUCAAGUUCACGCCAUCUUACCUUCAGUCUAUCGAAUUGAAUGUCAGACAGGUUUACAUUAGAACACUCAUUGCUGCGUUGUGCUUCCAUGCAUAUCAGCAGGUUUCAUAUAUGAUAUUGCAGAGGGUAUCCCCUGUCACCCACUCUGUAGGUAACUGCGUGAAGCGAGUCGUGGUAAUCGUGUCCUCGGUGCUCUUCUUCCGCUCACCCGUCUCUCCCGUCAAUUCUCUGGGCACCGGCGUGGCCCUCGCCGGGGUGUUCCUUUAUUCAAGGGUGAAGCGCAUAAAGCCAAAGGCAGCUUGAAAAAUUUUGCUGGUAACCUUGAGGGGGGUGUUUGGUUUAAUUUAGAUGAUAAAAAGGUAGAUGUAAGAUGGAUGACGUUAAAGCAUUCAAGAACUACUACUACUGGUCCGUGAAAUUGGGUAUCAUUUUUCCUCCAUUCUUUCAGUAGAUCCCCUUUUUAGGGCUGCCAAUAUGUGAUGAUAGGGAAGAAGAAAACACUACUUAAUUAUGUGGUAUUUUAUUGUUGUUUUGAUCUUCUUUUCUGGUUCUCGGACAAGUUUGUUGUAUCUUGUGCUUUCAAUUCACAUUGAAUCGUUCUGUUUUA